AUGAAGACCUUCCUGGGAAUGCCGAUUCGCCAUAAGGGCGAGCUCUUAGGCAGCAUCUAUCUCACCGAAAAGGUGGAUGGCCAGGAGUUCACACUCGAUGACGAAAAUACCAUCGACAUGUUCGCCUCUCAGGCCGCGAUAGCGAUCUCAAACGCCCUCAAAUACAGGGCCGAACAGCGCGCAAAGUCCGACCUACAAGCCCUGCUCAACUCCUCGCCCAUGGGCGUUUUCGUACUGGACGCCAAGACGGGAGACGUCUGUCACUCAAUGAGGAGACGAGACGAAUGGUCGGCGGCACCGAUCUACUCCGACGAGGGGGACAUCGUGUCCGUUGUCGUUACCGUGCAGGACAUGACGCCGCUGCAAGAGGUGGAACGGCUGCGAGCUGAGUUUCUCGGCAUGGUGAACGACGAACUGCUGACGCCCCUCACCACCAUCAAAGGCUCCACGGCUACGGUGCUUGGCUCGCCAUGCCCUCUCGACCCUGCCGAGACGCAACAGUUCUUCCGGAUCAUCAAUGAGCAGACCGAUCAAAUUCGCGACCUCAUCAACAACCUUCUUGAUGCAACGCGGAUUGAAGCAGGGACCUUCUCGAUCAACUCUGAACCUACGGAUCUGGCAGGCAUAGUCGUGGAGGCUAGGAACGCAUUCCUGAGCGGUGAAGCAAAGAACGAUGUGAUCACCGAUCUCCCGCCGGACCUACCUCGAGUGAUGGCGGAUAGACAGCGAAUCAUGAAGGCCAUGAACACUCUCUUCUCCAACGCGUCCAAGAACUCGCCCGAGGAGUCCACUAUCAGGGUGACUGCCUCUCAGGUCGACGCACAUGUCGCGGUGACCGUCACGGACGAGGGUCGAGGCGUAUCCACCGAACGCCUACCUCACUUGUUCAGGAAGUUCUCCUGGGCCGAUGGUGACGAAGGAAGGUGCCAGAUUGAGAGAGCAGGUCUGGACCUUGCGGUCUGUAAAGGGAUAGUGGAGGCGCACGGAGGCGAAAUAUCGGCCGAGAGCGCCGGACCGGAACUUGGCACGCGGGUCACCUUCACCAUUCCGGUCGCGAGCGAGGACGAGAAAGUCGCAGCCGCCAUCUCUCCUCAGCUUCCUGCCCGCGUGGAGCAGACGGACAGCGAGCAAGAGCGCAUUCUCGCCGUCGACGAAGACCCGCAGAUACUAAGGUACGUCCGGGACACGCUCUCGGGAGGGGGCUAUUUCCCGAUAACGACCGGCAAUCUGGACGAAGUCAUCCGCCAAAUCUACGAUUAUAAGCCCAGCCUCGUCCUACUUGACCUAGUGCUGGCAGGGAGCAACGAAUUCGAAAUCGUGAAGAGUAUCUCCCAGAUCACCGAUGCCCCGAUCAUCUUCCUAUCGGGAUAUGCGACCGAGUACAAGUUGCUGUUCGAGUUGUCCAUCAACUCUGGACGAGUGUUGACUCACGAUCAGCUUCUGGAACGAGUCUGGGUUGGGAAGGCAUCUGGUAAUUCACAGGUCUUGCGCGCCUUCGUCAAGGUUUUGCGCCGCAAGCUGGGCGACGACGUGAGCAACCCGAGAUUCAUAUUUACUGAGCAUCGUGUGGGCUACCGCAUGGCAAAACCGAAUGAUCACACGGCACACGGCAAGCAGAUUGAUCGAUUGAUCGCCCGUAUUGUCAGUACGGGCGAGUACUGA